AUGUCGUCGGCGGCGACAUCCGGCGAGUACUGGCUCAUCUCGGUGCCCGGCGAGAAGGGAGCCAACGACGCGUGGGACAAGCUGAACCGGGCCACUGGCAAUAUUUCGACCAACUCGAAAUAUUUGAUUCCCGAUUUGAAGGUCGGAACCCUCGACCAACUCGUCGGCCUCUCUGACGAUUUGAGCAAGUUGGACACCUCGGCCGAGGGAGUUAUCCGCAAACUCGUGCAAUACUUCACCGAAGUGCUCGAAGAGGACAAGAGCAAGAUUGCCGAGAAUUUGGUCAUUGGAAAUAAGGACAUGAAGACAUACGUGACCAAAUUCCAAUGGGAAGGAGCCAAGUAUCCGUUGAAGCAGUCGCUUAAGGUGCUCAGCGAGAUCAUUGGCAAACAAAUCACCCAGAUUGAUAACGAUCUGAAGAUGAAGUCGUUGGCGUACAACAAUUUGAAGAACGCACUGGCUUCGAUGGAUCGUAAGACCACUGGAUCUCUGUUGACUAAGGAUUUGGCGGAUUUGGUCAAGGCUGAGGACUUUGUACUCAAUUCUGAGUAUUUGCAGACUAUCAUUGUCGUUGUACCGAAAAUCCUGGUCAAAGAAUGGGAAACCAAGUACGCGACACUGUCCUCGAUGGUCGUUCCAGGAUCGUCGAAGCUGCUUACCGAGGAAGGAGAGCACGCGUUGUACACCGUCACUCUCUUCAAGAAGGUCAUCGACGAGUUCAAGAAUAUCGCCCGCGAGAACAAAUUCAUCGUUCGUGACUUUGUCUACGAUGAGGAGACGUUGAAAGCAGGUCGAACGGAACGAGACAAGUUGUUGGCCGAGAAGCAGAAGCAGUACGCUCCACUGAUCCGUUGGUUGAAAAUCAAUUUCGGUGAGAUCUUCUCCGCCUACAUCCACAUCAAGGCUCUUCGCGUCUUCGUCGAGUCGGUGCUCCGCUACGGACUUCCAGUGAACUUCCAGGCGGCUGUCAUUGAGCCAGCGAAGGGACAAUCAAAGAAAUUGAGACAGGAACUACAGAAGUUGUAUAUUCAUUUGGAUGGCUCGGCUGCAGGACCUAUUGAUACCCUGGAAGACUCGCCAGCACUCAUGUCGCUCGGUGUCAACGAAUACUAUCCAUACGUCUUCUUCAAAUUGAAUAUCGAUUUUUCGAAUAAAUAA